GAAAAAGAGAAAAGAAAAGCUGUGCUAUAUAAAGGGUACUUGAUGAUAACCUCUGUUCUUACUCAGAUUGAUCUACAUCCCGAUAUUUCCGUUGAUAUCUGUUAAAGAGAUACAAGCUAUGGCGAAAACUCUGCUUGCAUUGUUACUUCUUGUGUCUCUGUUUCAUGUCCCUGCUUUUGCUGCGAGAAAAUCAUACAUAGUUUACUUGGGAUCUCACUCCCAUGGCCCUGAAAUCUCCCCCUUAGCCCUUGCACGCGUAGCUGAAUCUCAUCACGAGCUGCUCGGAUCCUUUUUGGGAAGUCUUGACAAGGCUAGAGACGCAAUCUUUUACUCUUACAACAGACACAUCAAUGGCUUUGCAGCCAUUCUUGAAGAAGAAGAAGCCGCUGCGAUUUCAAAGCACCCGAGUGUGAUCAGUGUGUUUCCGGACAAGGGCAAGAAGUUGCACACAACUCAUUCCUGGGAGUUCAUGCAAAUGGAGAAGGAUGGUGUGGUCCCUUCGAGUUCCCUUUGGUCAAAAGCAAGAUUUGGUGAAGACACAAUCAUCGGAAACCUUGACACUGGUGUUAAUUCCCAAUCCCAAAGCUUUAGCGCAGAAGGACUUGGACCUGUUCCUUCUCGUUGGAAAGGAAGUUGCGACACUUCUGGAGAUGUUCGUUGCAACAGGAAACUUAUAGGGGCAAGGUACUUUAACAAAGGGUACUUGGCUCACACGGGUCUUAAAAGCAACUCUUCCUAUGAGUCGGCCCAUGACAACGCAGGUCACGGGACUCACACGCUAUCAACCGCAGGAGGCCACUUUGUCCCUGGAGCUAGCGUUUACGGUAUACGCAACGGUACUGCGAAAGGAGGCUCUCCAUUGUCGAGAGUAGCUUCCUACAAGGUCUGUUGGCCUCCCGUGGAAGGUUCUGAGUGCUUUGAAGCUGAUGUCUUGGCUGCCUUUGAUAUGGCCAUUCAUGAUGGUGUUGAUGUCCUCUCCAUCUCUCUUGGUGGUCGCCCUUCUGAUUAUUUCAAUGACGGCAUCGCCAUCGGGUCUUUCCACGCUGUUAAACAUGGAAUCACUGUGGUCUGUUCCGCUGGAAACUCUGGCCCUGUCCCUGCUACUGUCUCAAACGUAGCCCCUUGGAUACUCACAGUUGCAGCCAGCACGCUUGAUCGUGAAUUUCAGUCCUUUGUAAAGCUUGCAAAUGGCGAACGCUUCAGGGGAGUAAGCAUGUCGAAACCCUUGCAAGUAGAGAAAAUGUACAGCCUCAUAACCGGUGCUCAAGCUAAACUGGCCAAUGCAUCUGCUGUAGAUGCGAUGCUUUGCAAAGAAGGCACUCUAGAUCCGCACAAGGCAAAGGGUAAGAUCAUGGUGUGUCUAAGAGGAGAUACAUCGAGAGUGGGGAAAGGGAGGCAAGCAGCUCUUGCUGGUGCUGUUGCUAUGAUCCUAUGCAAUGAUAAGGCAUUCGGGGAUGAUAUAACUGCAGAUCAUCAUUUUCUUCCCGCUACACAGAUCAACUUUUUGGAUGGCCAAGCCGUGUUCUCUUAUGUUAACACUACUUAUUUAGAUCCCAUGGGGUCUCUCACUGCACCCGGAGCAGCUUUUGGCAUCAAACCAGCCCCAUAUAUGGCAGAUUUCUCAUCUCAAGGACCUAACUCUAUUACACCAGGAAUCCUCAAGCCUGACGUAACUGCUCCUGGAGUCAACAUCAUAGCUGCCUACACCAGAAAACAAAGUCUUAGCGGCUUGGAAUCUGAUCCUCGCACGACUCCUUUUAUUACAUUAUCUGGCACUUCCAUGUCCUGCCCUCAUGUUGCGGGUCUUGUUGGUCUUCUCAAGACAAUGCACCCUUCAUGGAGUCCUGCUGCAAUCAGAUCUGCCAUUAUGACCACCGCAAGAACACGAGACAACAGAAUGAGUCCGAUGCUCAACGGGUCUUACGUGAAGGCAAACUCAUUCAAUUACGGAUCGGGACAUAUCAGACCAAACCGUGCAGGAGAUCCGGGACUGGUCUAUGACUUGACAGUACAUGACCACUUGGAUUUUCUUUGCGCCGUUGGGUACAACCAAACAAUGAUUAAGCUUUUCUCUGAGAGCCCGUCUUACAAAUGCCCCAAGGAAGCAAGUGUGUUAGACUUGAACUAUCCAUCCAUCACUGUGCCUAAUCUAUCAGGCGCUGUGACUGUGACCCGGAAACUGAAGAAUGUAGGAUCUGCAGGCACUUACAUGGCGAGAGUCCGGGAGCCAUAUGGAGUGUCGGUGAGAGUUGAGCCAAGUGCGUUGGAGUUUGAGAGAGUUGGUCAAGUUAAAAGCUUUAAGAUGACAUUGAAACCCAAAUGGUCUGCGAAAGGCUCUGUCUUUGGAGGUCUCACAUGGAGUGAUGGCAAACAUUAUGUUAGAAGCCCCAUUGUUGUCUCCACCGUCUAAGUGAUGGAGAGAUCCAUUAUAUUAAAUCUUCUUAAGUUACUGUGUUUCUCUUUCUCUUCUUACUCUUGAUUGCUUAUUUAUUUAGAUCCAUUGAACUCUCAUUCUUGAUUUUGUGACUCUCAUUUCAAGAAUGUGUA